CGUUUUAGACAGAACUGUCACAACCUGAAAAUUUUCUGCUGAAUCCUCAGAAAAUUUUUCGUUUAGUCUUUCUAGUGCCAUCGGUCGGGUUCGGGUUAUAUGUUAGUUUGACGGGACCGCCGUAGAAAAAAACCAAUCCUACUAGUUUGGGAUCUUUAUGUCUAGCUUAGGAACAUAAUUACUAUCAGGUUUGUUGAACGUAAUAUAAGUGGCAGGCUUUCGCAAAAAUCUUGCAAUUUUGUGUUGCAAUCUGUUAAAAAAGAACAAACAAAAACAAUACAAGUACAAGGUACGGUUUAUGCCCAGUUUGAGGAUGAUUCAUAGCCCUUCCUAAAUUGCUGAAAGUUUAUCAUCAGCUUUUUUCUGCUAACGUGAAUGCCGAUAGUGUGAUUAGUGCGAUUUCUUGCGUAUAACACCAAGAACAACGCAUUUACUGCUACCAUGACACAUAAAAAGGUUUAAAAAGUGGCAUUUGACAGUAAACUUGCUGCUAGAAUAAGGUGUGAAAUUGAAAAAAAAAAACAGUUUCGUAACAAAAGCAGUAAAGUCAAAUCAACAGUGAAACAACUGAAAAAAUUAACCCCGCAGCUUCACCUCUCCGACCAACAGCGCUAUGACCUCCUUCUUCAAUGUUAGCGCCCUAGGAGGCAAUCCUUUCUCCACACCAGUCGGACAGCGGAUAGAACAAGCCACCGAUGGCAGCCUGGCAUCCGAAAAUUGGGCCCUCAAUAUGGAGAUAUGUGACAUGAUCAACGAUUCGUCCGACGGAGCCCGUGAUGCGAUGAAAGCAAUUCGCAAGCGGCUGACGCAGAAUGCCGGCAAGAAUUACACCAUAAUAAUGUAUACGUUAACCGUGCUGGAAACGUGCGUGAAAAACUGUGGCAAAGCUUUUCAUGUACUUGUUGCCAACAAAGAGUUUAUCCAGGAGCUGGUCAAACUGAUCGGACCAAAGAAUGAUCCCCCACCUAUCGUUCAGGAGAAAGUACUCAGCCUAAUUCAAAUUUGGGCAGACGCCUUCCGCUCGCAACCGGAUCUGAAUGGAGUAGUCCUGGUAUACCAAGAAUUGAAGAAUAAAGGCAUCGAAUUCCCCCCAACCGAUCUGGACUCUCUAGCACCAAUAUAUACACCACAGAGGAGUGUACCAGACGGUGCUGCCACUGAGAGCAGUAUAUCCCUUUCACCACAUCAUAUAUCUCAAACGCCUAAUUCUCCCGCUUUACAGAUGCCUCCACCGUCGUUGAUGUCACAGGAGCAAAUCGCCAAAUUGCAAUCGGAGCUGGAUAUUGUAACAAUGAAUAUGACCGUUCUAGGUGACAUGUUGACAGAGCUCAAACCCGGCAAUGAAGAUCCAUCAGAUUAUCAGCUGCUAACAGAGCUAGCAACUACUUGUCGAGAAAUGCAAAACCGCAUUGUGGAGCUGAUCGGCAAGGUUAGCCACGAUGAGUUAACAGCUGAAUUACUGCGACUCAACGACGAACUAAACAACCUUUUUCUGAGGCAUGCUCGGUUCGAAAAAAGCCGCGAUCCCAAAACGGCAGCUUUGACUACUCCGUCAGCGAUUCUGGGUGCAGCUAUGGGCGUUCCUCCGUCUGCUAGUGAUACAACAAAUUCCACCGAUAAGAAAGAAUCACUGAUCGAUCUUAGCGACGAAGCCACCGGUGGUGGUACUGCUGCCCUCGGUUCACAGCUGGCUGGCCUUAGUAUUGGGAAGGGUGUCACUACCACUUCACAGUUGUCCCAAUUGAACAGUGUAUCGGCGCAAUCAGGAGGAGCAGUUAACACGAAAAAAGUCCUCCCACCAGAUGUGGUGUCUGAUGAGUUCGAUAUGCUUGCACAAUCGCGGACCGGAGAUGGCGUGAAAGAUUCUCCAAAGAUGGACUUGCUGGGAUCAAACAAGGUGACUUCUCUGAAUACACGUGACACCGAGUUCGAUGAAAUGGAGAAAUGGCUCGGUAAUCCGGAAGACAUUGACACGGUAGAGCCAACUGAAAAUGGUGGUAACGUCGGCGUCGGUGGAGCAGAAGAAAGUCUAACCAGCAAGGAGUUUGAGAAAUUCUUAGCAGAGCGAGCGGCAGUUGCCGAGAACCUGCCAUCGAUCUCCAGCCAGAUUGGCAGUGGUAAUAACAACGCAACGAAAGAUCGCAAGAAAAAAGACGACGACGAAGGAUUACUGGCACUCUGAAUGAUAUACGUCAAAGUUUUCACUUUUCUUCAAUGGACGGGGCUUAUUGUAUGUGAUAGAUGUUUAUUUUAUUAGCAACUCAGAGAUAGGAGACAUUUUCAGCAGAUAUAUAUUAAUUUAUUUUCAAUGGACAUUGUGACGCUGCACAGUAAGGACCCGCCCAUUGUAACAGAUAUAUUCCUGCAUGGGCCUUAACUGUGGGCAAGCGCCAAACUCUAUGCCGUGUAUGAUGAUUGUAUUUAUAUUCUUUACUUUUUACAUGUUUUAGUCUAGUGAUUAUCGUAACAAAUUUAACCAUUUUUAUUUAAUAGGCAUAUAUCUAUAGUUGUGCUUACUAGUGGUUAAAAGAUCAACAAGUAUAACUUGCCGCAAGAGAGGAAAUUAACGAGAGUUUCUAGCAUUUUCUUUAUCUUGAACACUACUAGAAACACAAGCUAUUGAUUUAUUGCAACACAUAAACAAAAAUAAGCUACGAUCUAUAGUUAUUGAUUGAACACAAACAAAACUGCUAGUGUAAGCAUAUUCUAGGCCAAAAAGUCAUUCAACCUGUUUAGUCAUUUUAUUAAUGCAAAAAAAGUUGAGAGAACUCAAAAAAAAGGACGUCAAAACAAAAACAACCCAACAAUUGGUGUUACUUAAAUCAUGUUGUUUCUUACGAACCACAGAAAAAAGUUUAGUUUAGUUAUUCUCAAAGGAGGAUUGAAAUAUUUUAAACCAAAAACAAAUAUUCUAUUGCUACUUUUCCACCUAUUUAUGUAAGAUCAAGCCAUUCUACUUUUUGGUAGCAGUGCAGCCAUAUUAAGGUCAUAAAAUUUAUAACUUUAAGCUUUAAAUCUAGUUUCAAUUGUAAUAAAAAAAAAGUAUAAAAUUUGUCAAACGUCAUUUUGGUUCUAUCUUUUUUUUAAGAAUCAAACCUUUUUCAUCUGCCUAUGGCCAGCAUAGACGAAUAAUUUAAACGAUUGUUGACUUCUGUGAAAACCAGAACUGUUUUCAUUCGAUAAAGUUUCUGCAAAUUAAAAAAUAGCACCAAAAGCACCAGAUAUGUUGCGCAUUUGUGUCAAUAUGUUUUAAAUGACUCCAGGCGUUUUGGUAUAAAUUUUUGAAAUAGGUUGAAAGAGAGGGUGUAUUACUAAAUGAAUAAUUAAAUAAAUAAUAAAAAACCUCACUAUAAUAA